AUGGAAUCGAUUACCAAGAAAUUCUACACCAACCUCUUUCGCAUCAACAUCCAUGUCCUCGCUAUCCCCACUGAAAAUAAAAGACAACUGAUUCUACCUGCUGAAGUACGCGCUGCAAUCCAGAUCAUGAAGGUAGCCAUGCCGGGCCAGACCACGUUUUGGCCGACCUUUUGCGAGAAGGAAAGGAUCUCCGACAAGUGGGGCACCUCCCGAACAAUCCUCCUUCAUGAGAGCGAUAGGGAAGAUUUUCGGAACUACUCUUCAUUAUAUCUACUAAACGUUUCGAGGACUAUCGAGGUCUGCCGAGAGUUUAGCCUACCUCGCGUCCUAUUUGCCGACUAUGAGGAGGCGUUUGACAGCUUUGACCUUAAUACCAUACAUCGCGUCGAUCAAGCGGUGGACCAUCUUGUGAAGUGGCCAACUGCUACAACGGUACAUCACCCUCUUAGCAUACCAGUUUCAAUACGAUCGAACCGAUAUCAAUUGAGGAUACGACACCGUGUCAUGUUAUCGCCUUGCAGUGGGGAGAUUCCUCUCAAAACUUGUGCGGAUGACAUUGUCCUCCUCUCCAGGAUUAUCACUGAAGCAGAGAAGAUGUUAGAAGAACUAAACGAAGUUGAUUCUCUAAUUGCAAAAAUCGUUCUCUAG